AUGCAGUUUCCCGGUUCCAGCCUCUUGUCUCUCAGGCAGCACGUUCAGGUGGGUCAGCUGGGAUACUCGCCGCAGGAAGGAGGCGGAGCUCUUCCAAAUGGUGGCCCAGGGGCUGUGGCCACUGUACCCCCAGAGCUGCUGUCCCUGGAGGAGCAGCACGGCUCCCGCGAGUUCCACUCGCAGGUGCUGGAGGAUUCCGACUCCGACCUAAGAGUCUCCUGGUGCGCUGGUGCAAACAUGGGCAAAACCACCUUCAUAAGGCACAUGAUGAAGAAGGGCCUCAUGGCGCUGCGGUGUGGGGCCAAGCACACCAUUGACCCCUUCGCCACCGCCACCCAACCCAGCCUUACGAGGACGAGGUGGCCUGCGAUGCGCUCAUAG